AUGCCUAUCUUCAGACCUCGCAUCGCCAUUGCAGGUGGUGGCCCCUCAGGCCUGGCGCUCGGCCUACUGCUGCACCGGCGUGGCAUCGACGCCACCAUCUACGAGUUGCGAAGCAAGCCCACGCCGGGGGAGCUCGCCAAACCGUCCGGGAUGCUAGACCUGCACGAGGAGUCCGGGUUGAGGGCGAUACGCGAGUGCGGCCUGUGGGACGGCUUCCAGGCGGCCGUGGGCGACUGCUCCGAGGCGACGCGCGUCCUCAAUCCCGACGGCGUCGUGCUCCACGCCGACGAGGGCGAGCUCUCCUACCGGCCGGAAAUCCCGCGGAACGCACUCACUGACCUGCUCGUCCGGAACCUGUCGGUGGACACCAUCAAGUGGAACCACAAGAUCGCGGGCGCCGAGCGCUCCCGCAACGCGGCCACGGGAGCGACUGAGAUCACCCUCGACCUCGGCCCGGACAGCGGCGCCGCGACGUACGACUUCGUCGUCGGCGCCGACGGCGCGUGGUCCCGGAUCCGCAACCUUCUCUCGGACGUCAAGCCCUUUUACAGCGGCGCGCAGUACGUGACGGCGACGCUACGGCACGCCUCGACCAGACACCCGCGCCUGGUCGAGCUGAACGGCACCGGCACGCUCUGCGCGCUCGGCGGCGGAAACGGCCUCAUGACCCACCGGGGCCCCCAGGACUCGAUCCGCGUGUACGCGGCGGUGAGCACGCCGGACGAGCACUGGGCGACGACGGCCGGGCUGGCGGGGAAGACGGCCGCCGAUAUCAAGACGGCGCUCCUGGGCGACGGCGGGCCGUUCCGCGGGUGGGCGCCCCCGCUGCGGGACCUGCUCGCCACGGCGUGCGACGAGGACGCAAGGGAUAACCCCGGCCGCGCGGCCGAUGUCACGCCGCUGUACAUGCUGCCCGUCGGGCAUGGGUGGGAGCACCGGGCGGGCGCGACGCUGGUCGGCGACGCGGCGCACCUGAUGACGCCGUGGGCGGGCGAGGGCGUCAACCUGGCCCUGUGGGACUCGCUGGACCUGGCGCGCGUGCUCGCGGCUGUGCCUGGGGUGGCGGACGCGGCGGCGUGGCAGGCGGCGCUGGAGCCGCGGGUGAGGGAGUUUGAGGAGACGAUGCUGGCGAGGGCGGCUGAGAAGGCGGAGGAGACGGCUAGGAACAAGGACCUGUUUCUUAGUGAGAAUGGCGCACAGGAGAUGGCGGAUAUGUUCAAGCGGUUCUAUGGAUGA